AAAAUAUUGUUUGCCCUUCAGUUCCCUUCAAUUGGAGUUCCUACCUGCUAUUUGCAACCUCAUACUUAACACCUAUCUCUAUAUUUUAAUAUGGUUGUACUAAGUAAUUUCUUAGCACCACAGGAUGGAAUUCGCCACGAAGAGCAAAAUGCAACUUUAUACAUAAAUAAUCGAGAAAUUGGCAAAGGAACUUUAUACAUCACAGAAAGUGUACUCUCUUGGAUUAACAAUGACACUAGACAGGGAUUUUCUUUAGAAUACCUUCAUAUAUCGUUGCAUGCUAUUUCUCGAGAUGUGCAAGUUCAUCCCAGGCAAUGUCUAUAUAUGAUUGUCGAUAUUAAGGUAGACUUUCCAGAUGACCCGACGCUAGAACCAAAUGAUAAUAAUGAAAGUAAUACCGAUGAUAAUAACGACGACGACGACGACGACGACUCGGAUGCUCCAAUAACUGAAAUGAGAUUUGCACCGGAUAAUAUAAAUAGCUUAGAAGCUAUGUUCCAAGCAAUGAAAGAAUGUCAAGCGCUUCAUCCUGAUCCACAAGACAGUUUUUCAGAUGCAGAAGAAGAUAUUUACGAGGAUGCCGAAGAAGAUGACUUUGAGUAUUACGAAGUAGGCGCUGGAGAUGCCCCAUACAUUAUUCCACCGGAUCAAGUGGGCGCUAAUCAUAAUGGCACCGAAACGGAAGAAGUUAUGGACGUAGAGGCAGGGCAAUUUGAAGAUGCCGAAGAAGAUCCUUAAGAGAAUAGAAAAUGCUAUAUCGCAGCUUGUAUUCUUCUGCAUUUAGUUACAAUAAUCGAUUCUGUGUUAUUCAUUUUACGCAUAUCCCCGUAGAUAAAACACUAAUCAUUAUCGCAUGCACAGAAAAGAUGUAACAAAUCUCUCAAAUCACUGAACUUUAUAUUCAUUUUGUACAUGAUGGUUUCAUAAAUAAAACAUAAUUAACUAAAUGUAAAAAAAAAAGAAAGAAAAAAAAAGUAAAAAAAAAAACAAACACUUGCUUUUUCGUUACGAAAUACACGUUUUGCUUUUUAUAAAACUCAAUAUUAUUUAUUAUCAUUCACAGAAAGUGUAAUAAGA